AUGAAUUAAGUUAUGACUUUAGGUUUGAUUUCUAAGAAGAUGAUGGACACAUAUGCUGUUUAGGUAUUUUGUAUGAACACAUGGGAUCAUUGUUGUUUAAUUUAUCACAAAAAGAAAAUGUUAAUAAAAUAUCAUUAUUUGGAAUAGAAGAUUGUUAGAUAAAUUUUAUGGUGUAAAAAAAAAUCUUAUAGAAUAUUUGACAUAUCAAUGUCUAAAAAGCAUAGAUUAUACUUUUUAUUAUGCUGUGAUUGGUUUAUUUAUUUUCUAAAUUUUGAAUUUUAGAUUGUUAACAAAGUUCAAAUGGAAUGCAAAUAAUUUACAAAUCUGUUAUUCUUAGAUCAUUUGAGUACUUUUGUGAUGAUAUAAUUCAAUUCAAUAAGUACAUUUGAAAUUCAAAUGAAAGAAAAAUUUACAAUAAUAAAAUAUUAAGAACUGAGUGGAUCUUUGGAUUGGAACAGAUAAUGUAAAUAAUUAGAUUAUUUUUACAUUGUCUACAAUUCUUAAAAUAUAACAAUAUAUGAUUUGAGAACUAUUAAACAUAUAGGAUCAGUUUAAUUAGGAUUAACAAUUUCAGAUGUUUAUUAUAUAAAUGAAUUAUUAUAUUUAGGUGAUGUAUAUGGAACUUUAUGGUGUUAUGAUCUAAAUGGCACUCUAUAAUAUUUUCAUGAACAUGCUCAUGAUGGUUUGAUUGUAAGUAUGACUGUUUAUAAGGAUGAAAUCUUUACAGUAGCAAAUGAUCUCUUUAUUAAAGUAUGGAAAUUAAAAAACCUCAUAUUUUGUUAAUCUUAUCCAAUCUAUUAAUAAUAGAUACAAUAUUUCAAAUUCAUAAAUUAUUCUAAAUAUUUUCUAUAAUCAAAUGAUGAGUUAUUUAUUUGUGAAUUAAAUCAUAUAUUGUAAGCUUAUCAUUUACAUAAUUCAUCAAUAUCUGCAAUGUCUAAUUAAUGUAUUGCUUUUAAAAAUCAUGUUUACUAUUCAAAUAACACACAUAAAGUAUUAUUCGCACCAAAUUCAGUUUAUUAAGUGCUAUAAAUAAUUGAUAGUCCGAAAGAAAAAAAUACAUUUUAUUUACAUUUAUAAAAUUAAACAUUAGCGAAAUGGGUUGAUAAUUAAGAGAGAGAAGUACUUAAUUUUGAUAAGAUUAGAACCAUAAAUGGAGAUAAAAUCAAUUAAGCUAUAACAUAUGUUUAAAUCACUGCUUUAUCACCUCCUCUAUAUGAUGUUGAAUUAACUAUAGAUUCAAAAGAUAAGAACAGAAUGUCUAAGAUGCUUCAAAAUUGUGAUUAAUCUUUCUAUUUUAUUAUGGGUUGUUCUAAAGGUGCUGUUUUAUGUAUACCAUUAGAAGUGAAUACCUUUAUUUAUACUCGAAUUAAUUAUAAUAAAAACUCUAUUUCAGAUAUUAUUUACUUUAAUGAUUAAUUAGUUAUUAAAAGUACUGAUAAUAUAAUAAACUUUGUUUAAAUUGAAUCUAAUAAAACAUCUUUAAUUAAAUCAAUUAAAAUUAUUAAAUUAGGACCACUCCAUUUAACUAAAGCUAAACAUUUAGCAAUUGCUUAAUCAAAUGAAUUAUAUGUAUUUAAUACUAACUUAAUUGCCUAUGAAAAUAAUUAAGGACAUGAAGCUGAUAUACAGCAAAUCACAAGUAAUGAAACAUUCAUCAUCAGUAAUUCAAUUCAAUAACUCAAAAUAUGGACCAACAAUGGAUUUUGUAUUUAUACAAUCAAUUUUCAUGUUUAAAUAGAUCAUAUACAUUAUUUAAAUGAUGAACUGAUUACAAGUCUAAAUGGAGGACUUUGUCUAUUACCUAUUCCAGAAUAUGAGAUUACAAACAUUGAUACUCAAGAUUAUUCUGAAAUUCAUAUCGCGGAUCUAGAAGUGAGUAAAAAGAAGUCAUCAUUUAAAGAAGAAUCUUGUUAAUUACAAUAAUAAUAAUAAUCAUGUAUUUAAUAAAAGUCAUUUGAAUUUAAAAAAACUUUAGAAUUACCUAAAAUUUAAUUAAAAAUUAAAACUCAAAUUUCCUAAGGUAAUCCUUAGACUCCAGUCAAAAUUCAUAAAUAAUGUAAUUCAAUCUAUUCUACAAUUAAUAAAAGUACUAAUGCAAGUACUUAUAAUACAUAAGCUCCUAUAAGUUAAAGUUUUGAUUAUAGCAUUCAACAUGCAGUAGAUAGUAGUUGUGUAUUACCUGCAAUACCAUAACAAAAAGAAGAUAACUCAUUAUUAAAUUAAUAUUUGAAUAGAAGAGCAAAAAAAGGAUAACCUAGAAAUAGAAGGGAAUGGACUUUGGAUAAAAAAAUUAUGGGAAAUAUUUUAUCAUAAAUUUGAG